UUUCAAUUAUAUAUCACUUGACACGAGCGCUUGGGCAGAUUGCAGUUCCGACUGACUCUCAUACAUCGACCACUACAGUUUCAUCUGGAAAAACCGCUCUCAAGUCCAAGAACAACAAUGCUCUUCGGUUGUUUGUGAAAGUUCUCCAUCGAAUGCGAAUAAGGACUAGAGAUACUUCAGACAUUGAAUCUGUGAAGGAACUAUGAUGCUAAAUGUUGUAUUUUAAAGCCAUAGUCAAUGAGUGAAUAAUUAAUCCGCAGUCUCUUCAUCAAAGGACACACAGAAGACAAGCAUGCUCACUGUGAUUUUACUAUUUUUACUUGGAGUGGGGGAAGUUUUGACCAGUCGUGACGUAUGUCCUUUAGGGGCGUACACAUCCAGUGGAGAGUGCUGCAAACAAUGUGAUCCUGGGGAGGGCAUGGUGAAGCCCUGUGGAGUGACACAGACAGUGUGUGAACCGUGUCUUGACAGUGAGACUUUUUCUGAGAACUUCAGCCACACAGAGAAGUGCCAGCCAUGCACAGCCUGCUCUGAACUCAUGCGAAUGCUCACACCCUGCACUGAUGCCAACGACGCCAUCUGUGUCUGCGAUUACGGUUACUUCUUCAGCAAAGUGACAGGUCGCUGUGAGGCCUGCACAGUGUGUCCGGUGGGCAAGGGGGUGCUGACGCGUUGCAACUAUGACUGUGACACAGUCUGUGAGGAGUGCCCUGAAGACUCGUUUUCAGACCAGGAGACAUCUCUCGACCCAUGCCUGCCCUGCACAGUGUGCGACCAGCCUGAAAUGGAGUUGAAAAGCUGCACGUCUGUCAGUGACGCUGUCUGCCAAGAUGUAGAUCCUCCUAACAACUCAACCUCUCCCUCUUCUCCUCCUCUAUAUGUUUCCCCUACUACAUCCUUUCUUACUUUUUCUCCACCUACCUCUUCUGCUCCAUCAGUUGUCUCAUACACAGACAAGUCUCCUCCCAGUGGGCCUACAGAGAGUGUGACAACAACCGACCCUGGACUGAGGAAACUCCACGGGCUGAGCAACAAUCUCAUUCCCAUCUACACCUCCAUACUGGCUGCGGUGCUGCUUGGCCUGGUGGCCUUCAUCAUCUUUAAACGGUGGAACAGUUGUAAGCAGAAUAAGCAAGGAGCCAAUAACAGAGCGUGCAGUGCGAACCCCAGUCUGACACCAUCUCCUGAGGGAGAGAAACUUCACAGUGACAGCGGCAUCUCUGUUGAUAGUCAGAGUCUACAGGAUGGCCAAGGGCCUCCACAUACAGUUGUGAAGAUAGAUGGAGUGCUGUCCUUGCCCUUACACACACGGGACGAAUUGGAGAAACUGCUAAACCGCACCUGUGAAAGGGAGGAGUCAGGGGCCAACGAAGAAUCCGAUUGGUGUAGCCUGGCAGGCUUGCUUGGAUACAAAGAGGAACACAUUGCUAAUUUCAAACAGGAAGAGAGGCCUAUCCAAGCCCUACUGUCUCAUUGGGCGAGCCAAGAUUCAGCCAGUAUUGAGGCGCUUUGCACAGCACUCAAGAAGAUUAAUAGGGAGGAUAUUGCACAGAGCAUCACAGUCAAACCUACUGCUACAUCUGCUGUGUGACACAAGCAAGACCACACCAACACACACACUCAUACACUGGUUCUAAAGUGAUCUUUGAAGCUGUAGGCAACCAAAUAUACACCCUACAUUUCCCUCAGCAUACCUUGAUGUUGUUGUAUCACUGAUGAAGUUGAUGUAUCACUAUAUCCUAAUGCUAAUGUUAGACUGCAAACGUAAGUGCUUUUAAAUGCAAGUUUGACCUUCAACUUUUUCAUUUAUCUUCAGUCCCAAUCCCUAUUUCUUUGUCUCUAUACAUCAACCGCUACUAAACAUCCAUAACACUUAUGCUAGAGAUAUAUAACAACACAAGGUCAGUUUACUUGCUAUGCACUAACUGUACCAUAACCACAAGCCAUAUGCUCAGUCUCAGAUGAUUUCCCAUCAGUUUUACCCCUCACAAUCUCAUGUACACAGUCUGUGUUGUGCUUCAGAUAUGUUUAUAUUGUUGGUAAACAUAAGCAGAGACUCUAUAAGAAGACAGACCACUCAGAGAUAAAUGGAAUGGAAGAUAUCACAAUGCCAAAUAUAGUGGCUGUAGGAAUGUAGGAAAGUACCGCAUUUCAGUAAAAAAAGGCAACUAUUGGCAAAGGGAUUGUCAGGUCUUUUUGCUAUAGAACGUGCAUUAGCAGAGCAACCUGAAAAGAAAAAAAAAAACAUUUUUGAGUGUCUUUUGAGCUAGAGAAGAAAUGAUACCAUUGCUGUAUUUUGUUGGUUCAUAUUUGUAUUGUUUCUGAAACAUAAGUUUGAUCAAACUUUUUGGAGAUUUCAGUCUUUUCCGUAUUCCAGUGGAUAAGAGCUAUAUUAGCAUGACUUGAUAAUACUCUAGCUGCCUGGAGGAGUUACCAAGAUGGCCACUUAGUAUGAAUCUCAUUGAACCAACUUAACCUCAAGAGCGAAUGAAAAACAGCUCAGUUGUCUUUCUUGUGUUGAGGUAUGUCAGUAAUGUAUUUCCUUUAGAAACAGAAAGAUUUGAUGGGACAUAUCAAAGUGCCCCAAUGUUACACCAUAAAGCAUGAUUUGCUACUUGCUAUUGCUAGACAGAGACAGAUAAUAGGUGGAGUGAUAUACCUAUUGUAGAGAAUAAUGUAUUUAAUUGGUCAAAAAAAUAACUUUAAUGCAAGAUGAGUUAUCAAUAUGUGUUACUUCUUUUCAAAUUUCGGGAGAACUUUACAUUAAUGCUCACUUUGUUAAGGAUUUGUUGCAACCUAACGGAAUAACAAAGCAUAAUUUAAUAAGUUAAAUGCAAUAAAUGUUCAUAAUAUAAACAUUUUCUUAAAACAUAAUACAAUUGUGAAUGCAUAAUGUGACUUUAUAGAGUUAUCAUGAGAACUUUAUUAUAUUAUGAACUCAGAGUAGCAACUGAUGACACAAUAACAGUACAUUAUAUACUAACAGCACAUAAUGCACAAGUGAAACCUAAUGUUUAUAAUAUAAUAAUAUAAACACAAUACACACACGUGUGUGUGUGUGUGUGUGUGUGUGUGUGUGUGUGUGUGUGUGUGUGUGUGUGUGUGUGUGUGUGUGUGUGUGUGUGUGUGUGUGUGUG